AAAGGGAUUUUCCAAGGUGACAACUCCUGAGUUCCCUGAGUGAAGAAGGUACCCCUAUAAUUUCGGAUCCCUUCCGCAGCUACCCAGGCUGGUAUUUCCAAAACGUCCAUCAGCUACUAGUUUAUUUAUAGCUAGACUCUCUGAGGCUGCCAUGUUGCCUGCGAGGUAGUCUGUCCGCCCCAGACGAGAUACUGCGGCACUGAGUCAUGGUCCUGGUCUGUGCUUGCUGUGUGGCUCUCAGGUUCAUCGUGUGGCUUAAUUAGGAGAUCCCGGAAGAGUCCUGGCCCCGUGCGUCGCUCGGUGACGGGGCAAGAAGGCAGGAGGGUACCGCAGGACAGCAACACACCGCCACGAAUUCGUCCAGGGAUAUUGACAGUCCCGACAAAACAUCUUGAAAGAAAUAAACGCGGACCACAGGGAAGAGGCAAGUUGUUUCUGAGCUACAAGUUUAUAUUCAAGUCAAGUUUGAUUUGUCACCAUGGAGGGUUUAAUGGAGCGGCUGGAGCGAGCUGUGACUCGCCUUGAGAAGAUGUCCGUCACCGUGCAGGCGUCCAGCAGCAUGGCCAACGGGGACUGUGUCAAUGGCAUCGAUGGAGGUUUGUGUCAGUGCAUUGAGGCCUUUGAUGUCGUACUGAAAGGUCCAGUGACAGAAUAUCUGAACCUCAGUCGGGCCAUCGGAAGCGAGGUGGAGAAACAUGCAGAGAUGCUGAACAACGCACUGCAGACUCAGCGAACCUUCCUAAAGAUGGCUGCCAUCCAUCAGGAACCUGCAAAGACAGAGUUGCAGGAUCUGCUGAAGCCAAUUUCAGAUCACAUCCAGGAGAUCCAGAGCUUCAGAGAAAGAAACCGCGGCAGCAACCUUUUCAACCACCUGUCAGCUGUCAGCGAGAGCAUCCCUGCUCUUGGCUGGGUGGCUGUGUGUCAGAAGCCGGGUCCGUAUGUGAAGGAGAUGAAUGAUGCUGCCACCUUCUACACCAACAGAGUGCUGAAAGACUACAAGGAAACUGACAGACGUCAUGUAGACUGGGUGUGCUCGUACCUGUCAAUCUGGACAGAAAUGCAGGCCUUCAUCAAGCAGCACCACACUACAGGACUGGUGUGGAGCAAGAGUGGCCCCAUUGCUCCUCCUUCUCUCUUUGACCCGUCCACUGUUUCCGGUGCUCCCUGUCCCCGGCCACCUCCUCCUCCUCCACCUGGUCCUCCUCCUGUCUUCACUGAUGAUGACUCCCAACCUCAAGCUGGCCGCACAGGAGCCCAGCACUCUGCGCUGUUUGCUCAGCUCAACCAGGGCAUGGACAUCACAAAAGGUCUGAAACGUGUAUCAGAUGGUGAAAAGACCCAUAAAAAUCCCAACCUGCGAUCAAAAGCAACGCCAACCAAGUCCACAGGGGCUGUGAAGGCACCACGAGCAGCUGUCCAAAAAAGACCCCCUCUGCUGGAGCUGGAGGGAAAGAAGUGGAGGGUGGAGAACUUUGAGCAGAAACCGGACUUGGUCAUUGAGGAGACAGAGCUGAAACAGGUGGCCUACAUCUUCAACUGUAACAACUCCACCGUGCAGAUUAAGGGCAAAAUCAACUCCAUCAUCAUCGACAACUGUAAGAAGCUGGGAUUGGUUUUUGAGAACGUAGUUGGGAUUGUUGAAAUCAUCAACUCCAAGGCAAUUCAGAUACAGGUUUUGGGAAGUGUUCCCACUAUUUCCAUCAACAAGACAGAAGGCUGCCAGGUCUACCUGAGUACAGAGUCUCUCAACUGUGACAUUGUCAGUGCAAAGAGCUCGGAGAUGAACAUAAUGAUACCACAAGAAGAUGGGGAUUAUAGGGAGUUUCCAGUACCAGAGCAGUUCAAGACUGUUUGGGCCGGCUCCAAACUAAUGACAGAACCGACUGAAAUCGCAGGCUGAUUAACACUUUCCCAUCAUCACUGUUUUAGUAAUCAAACUGACCCUCAGAUGUCAUUGGUUUUCUGAGAUAUAAAAAAGGGAUUUUGUUUGCAGGCGAUACAACUGAUUUACUUUAAGUUGACUCUUUGUUGCCCCAACUGUGACUUCAUGUCUCCCCAGCACUUUGAAAGCUGAUUCAAGUUUAUUUCUGUGCCAUGACAAUAAAGGCGUUUAUACGCAAACAUGUAAAGGUUAAAAUACAAGCAUAUUAUGAUUACAUAUUCUUAUCUUCAAAAUAUUAUCUCCUUUAUAUUUUCUCAAAGUUUCUUGGAGUCACUGUUCUUACCCCUUUACUAUGUUUUUUACAUUACUAUUUCGCUUCACUAAAGCACAAGUUAGACCACUGCAGUAGCACAUAUUUUACAAAAAAGUCUAGAUAAAAAAACACGCACACAUGAGAUUCAUAAGCCCAGCUGACAAUGGAAACCAGAAGUGAAGUGUGGGACUAUUUGAUAUAUUUUCUAUCUAGUUAAGUGUAUUUUAGGUAAGAUCUUUAGAUGUGUGUAGUGCAUGGUAGUCAUGUAGUACUGCUGCACUUAGCAAAUUAAGCCUAUUGAACACUGUUCACUGAAGAUUAUAGCUUUUGCAUAAUACUGUGUAGAGUAUCAUCAGUAGACAUAGUGGGUGUGUAAAUGUAAGGUAUUCAACAGGAAACAUGGAAUCAAAAUGAGCUGAGAAAUGAAGUAAAUACUGGACUAUCACUUUUUCUCUGAAUAUUACUAUUUCAGUAACCAGCACAGACUAGCUUUCUACUUUGAGAACUUCACAUACUCUCUGUAGAUCUUUGGACAUCACUCAAUUUUUACCAAGACGUAGCACGUGGUAGCAGAUUAAUGGAGGACACUGUACACUAGCAAUACAUUUCAAAACUUUUAAUUUACAUUCAAAAACUAUUUGAUGUAUUAUGUAUCAUUUCUAAAUAAAAUCAAAACCCUCAA